GAUUGUAUAUAUACAGUUAUUGUUAAAGGGGAAAUAUGUUGAUUUAGUUGAUUUGAUUAUGUUUAGUUUAUAUAUUUUUAAAUUAUGAGUCUAAUCAACACACUUGCCACUGUAUUAGAGUUAUCUGUUCUCCCUGACGAAAUUCAACAUGCUUUACUUGAAUCUGGUUUUACACUAAGUUCAUUUGUAUUAGCCACAGAAGAGGACCUUGUUAAAUUAGGAUUUAGGAUGGCAGAAAGAAGGUUACUGCAGGAAUGGAUUAGGGCUCAAGCGGUUGGUAAUGUCCAGGUUGUUAAUGAAUAUGUUACUCCACAAUGUUUGUUGAGUAUUGGUGAGUCAGUUAAUGCUUCACCCAGAAUAAAUAGCUGCACCACUACUAGUGUAAUCAGUUUCAAGAAUCUGCGAAUUGAUAAAAUUAUAUCAGAGCAGAAGCAGCAGCAUGGGCCUAUUUGUGGUCAGCGAUCGACACAAAAGUUAAAGUCAGGAGAGCUGAUUGAAAAGGCAGAAAUGUUAUUUCUAAUAAAAGUUUGUGGGCAUUACCUGAUGAACAAUUGUGCUCAAAAAGAUAGACCGAAUGCUACUGAGAAGCAGGACUUAUCAAAGUCAAUUAUUGACUGUUUUCCUAUCUUACAUGAUGGAACAGCGAGUGGCUACGGAUACUUCUUUGAUAGAAAAUCAUUUAGUGGUAAGUUAGAAUACUUUGUUCGAAGCCGGCGAUCUGAUUGUAAAGAUAUAACUACACUAUGGAAACAUUCACCAUCAGAUAGUAGUCUUGCUACUAGUAGAUUAGGUGUAACAACUAGCGAUGAUGUUGAAAGUGCUGUUCGAUUGCUACGCGAACAACGACCUAAUGCCCAAAACAAAGAAGAGCUAAUUAAAUUAAUGGAUAUUACAAGAAAUCAUCGGCGAUCAUGGAUCAACACAUCGUUCCUAUCAAUCACAGAAAUUGUAAACCAGUACCCACGACUACUUGACAUGCCAGAAUCAAUUCUUAAAGAAUUCCAAAGUAGCAAUUUUAUAGAAACACGAUUGCACAUUGAGUGGCAGAAAUAUAAAAUUAAAAUUAUGGAAUAUGCCAAAUUGAAGCCCUCAUUAAAUACUCUAAUGGUUUUCUUAACAAAUGAGUUAGAUGAAGACAAGAAAAGUGAACUUGCGGUUGAAUGUCUUGUUUGGCUUCUCCCUACCCCACCUCAAAAAUCAAUUAAAAGGGCUCGUUUGCUACCGAAUGUGGUUAUGACAAAUCUUUUCUUUGACUUUAAGGAUGACACAAUUGAUUGUGCACUAAAGACACUAGAAGAUCGCGGAGUUAAACAACCGAUGUUGAUGCGGGUAUCUAAUGGAUAUUAUAUAAAGGUGGACAAUACAGUUAUAACACUGCCUUGUUGCAGCUGUUUUAUGGAGGCAUUAGAGUUUUUAUUUAUGACGUUUUAUGUUUUCGCCGUCGAAUAUCCGACCGAAUUAAGAUUUUUUUAUGGCUUUUUGGAGAAAGUCAUGGGACUUAAAUGUAGUGUGAAAAGUGCAACCGUUGCUGACUUAUUUACAAACAUAACUUUUCUUCCAAAUAUUUAAAUCCCUUUCAAUCCCAGAUGUGUUUAAUUUUAUUUGUUUUGUUUUUUAAAUUGUGAGAUGUCUUUUAUUUGUUCAUUAAUAUUAUUUAUUAAGGGAUUUUUUAGUUAGAGAUAACUAUUAUAAUUUAUUUCCAAUAUUCUUUUAUUUUACUAAUUAUAUUUGUUGCCUUUUUCA